AAAUGACGCUUAAAAUGCUUUCCAGAUACUAGCUAACCCAAAAACUUUCCUGCUCAUUUCAUUUUCCAAGCCGACACUCACUCUCCACUCUCAUACUGUCGCUACUCUGCUCUACUCCACAACCCUGUCUCGCCUUACCGGCCCCGCACCUCCACACGCUCUAUGCUUACACUGCGCCCCCUGCGUCUACCCUAUUAUUAGAGGAUUGUGUUAGAGGAUGAGUUCAAGAAAAGGGAAUGGGAAUCCUUUUGUUUCUGGUGGUAUUAACAACCCAUCGUCCAAGGGGAAAGACAUAUCUGGAUCCUCUAGCUCCAAGGUUGAGCAGCUAAGCCAGGGUGUAGCAGACAUGAACCUGGGUUUGCCUCAAGACGAUGGUGAGUGGGAGGUUAUUCAAAGGAAGCCUAAGAAUAGAACUGGAAGCAGUGCUGCAAGACCUUGGGGUCCUCAAAAUUCCAAUGGUAAACCGCUGGGAGCGAUGCGGACUAAUGCUGUAUCAGGAAGAGCCUCUGGCAAUGCUUGGGAUGCUCAUAAUACUGAUUCUAGGAUGGCAACUGGCAGAGGAAAUGCAAGACCCCAAACAUGCAACAAGGCUAUUGAGAACAACAAUGUGCCACCACAUCCUGUCAUUCGCCCACCCCUUCAGUAUGGAUGGAAUUGGCAAUCUAGAACUGGUUCCAAUCCAUCGGGGGGGUUACAAGAUGAUCAUGGAAAAAACAAUGUCAACACUGAGGUUGAAGAGGUCAAUGAUAUUGAUGAUGUUGAGGAUGACUCGGAUGAUAAUGCUAUUGAUGAUUCUGAUGAUGAACUUCUAACCGAUGACUUUGAUUCAGAUUCAAGUCAAAAGAGCCACGAGACAAGAAAGAAUAAUAGAUGGUUUAAGAAGUUUUUCUCGAGUUUAGAUGCAUUGAGAAUUGAGGAAAUCAACGACCCAGCAAGGCAGUGGCACUGCCCAGCAUGCCAGGGUGGUCCUGGUGCCAUUGACUGGUAUAGGGGCCUUCAGCCUCUGAUGACACAUGCCAAAACAAAAGGAGCACAAAGGGUGAAACUCCAUCGUGAACUUGCUGAACUCUUGGAUGAGGAAUUGUGUAGAAGGGGUACUUCAGUUAUUCCUUCAGGUGAAGCUUUUGGCAAAUGGAAGGGUUUAAAAGAUGAAGAAAAAGAUCAUGAAAUAGUCUGGCCACCUAUGGUUAUGAUAAUGAACACAAGGCUGGAACAAGAUGAGAACGAUAAGUGGAUUGGUAUGGGAAACCAAGAGCUUCUUGAUUAUUUCAGCUCAUAUGCUGCUGUGAAGGCUCGCCUGUAUGGUCCACAGGGGCAUCGUGGGAUGAGUGUUCAUUUUGAGAGCACAGCUAGGGGUUAUUUAGAAGCUGAACGGCUACAUAAGCAUUUUGCUGAGCAAGGAACGCAUAGGGAGGCUUGGGAACGACGUAGGGUCUUAUUUUAUCCAGGCGGGAAGCGCCAACUUUAUGGUUAUAUGGCUAUGAAGGAAGACCUAGACAGCUUCAACCAGCAUUCUCAAGGCAAAUCUAGGCUGAAAUUUGAGAUGAGAUCCUAUCAAGAGAUGGUUGUUAAGCAGAUCAGGCAAAUGAGUGAGGACAACCAGCAGCUUAUUUUUUACAAGAACAAGGUUGCAAAAGAACAAAGGCAAAAAGUUGCUCUUGAAGAGUCUUUUGGUAUUGUGAGUGAGAGGCUCCGGAAGACAAUGGAGGAGAACAGGAUUGUAAGACAAAGAACCAAAAUGCAGCAUGAACAGAAUAAAGAAGAGAUGGAUUUCCAAGAGCAAUUCUUCAAGGAACGAAUCAAAUUUAUCCAUGAAGCCAGGGAUGAGAAGGAAGAGAGUUUUGAGAAGCUGCAGCAGCAACAGCGUGAGAAGGUCAAGCAGUCUAACCCCAAUCCUUCAAAUACAGAGGAAUACAGGCGCAGGGCGGAUGAAAUUGCAAAAUUCAUAAAGUUCCAGGAUGAAGAGAUGCAGGCUUUUGUGGCAGAGAGGGACAAGCUGAUCAAAGCACACGAAGAGAAGAUGGUUGGCAUGAGAGAGAGGCAUUGGCAGGAAGAAGUUGAGCUUGAAAAGGAGUUUGAUGCUGAAUUGAGCCACCUCAUGGAGAAGUACACUCCGGAUGGCUCAAAAGUCAACCCCGGCAAUACUUGAUUGUGGAAUUGUAGGGGAAUGCGAUGGUAUGUACACAUGUGGUAAAAAAGACUUUAAUCUCUCUGUUCCCUGAGGAAACUUCUGUGAUGACACUGAAUAUUUCUCCAUCUUGAGUUACAACUCUUAAAAUAGUAUGUUAAAAGAUUGGAAUAUAUGGGUAAAAAAAAGUUAAAUCUAAA